AUGGUCCAGUUUCUAAGUCUUCCACCUCCAACUUUACUGUCGGCGAAGAUCCGGCAGCGACCGUUUCGCCGUCGCAGUGACAGCGAGCUCGACCGAUGCAACGGUACAUUUCUUGCCGGUGUGGCGCCCAGGAACGCACGAUCAAGGGAUCGACGAGUGGAAGAGUGUUGGUCUCUCUUCUGGGAGGAAUGUACGUACGCCACACAGGCGCAGGAUUCCUACGCGUGCUGCGUGUCUCGUGCGGCUUCAGGCAUGCUGUGCAACAGAAGCGGGGGCGAUGAGCUGGAAGGUAUGCAAAAUCGAUGCCACGCUUCCCGAAGACCAGAGACAACAGCUCUAAAAUCCGAGAAAUUCUCUCUACAGUAA